AUGUCUCAGGAAUGGCAGAAUAGCCUGCUCGAUUGUUCGCCUUGCGACUCUUGCUUAUUGAGCACUUUUCUUCCCUGCAUUCUCUUUGGGCGUACCUCCCAUCGCUUGCAGAAUCCUUCUGCGGAACCUGAGAGUUUCAAUUCGGACUGUGCAUUGUUCUGUGGCAUACAAUCACUCACUGGCUGCGGCUGGAUCUUCAAUGUGAUGAAGCGUGGAGAGAUACGCGAGGCAUACGGCAUUGAAGGUAGCGGCAUGGGAGACUGCUGCGCCUCAUUCUGGUGUCUUUGCUGUGCGCUUAUCCAGCAGGAAAAGGAGGUCAAGUCCCGACAACUUGCGUGCUGCGAGACCGCUGGUUACCAGCCUAUGAAGGAUGGCAUGCAUGUAGUGGGACAGGGUGAGGCUGAUAAGGAACUGCAAAAGUGA